AUGCUGAUCAAUACAUUUCUGGACACUGAGGAUUUCGUACAUCUGUACUAUCCAGAGGAUGAGGCGCCGGCAGCGCAGGGCUGUGGCGCGGGUGCCCGCCUCGCCUCCAAGUACCCUCGCCCGCCCUCGCCCGACUACAAACAGGUAAACACUGGUGCUACAACAUACUACGACAGACACCUGCUACUGAUGAUGAAACGGAGUCAGCAAGUAACAAUACAUGGGUCACACCAUAAGAAAGUUUAG